CUGCUGUUCACGAGAACUGUUGCAAUCGCGAAGCAAUCGCAAAAGGUGCGUACCAUGUCUCCACACACCGGAACAGUACAGGAUGAUACUGACUGGGUUGAUGGUUGGUUCUAGAGACGAGAAUGUUGGUUUGAUUCUUUGCGAUUUGGAAUUUACGCAAAGGACCCGAACCACAGGAUCUUCCAAGAAUGACUUUCAUCUUCCACGCUCUCUGACUACGUUGGCGGAUGUCGUCCCGGAUCGGCUUUGGCGACGUACCUUAGCCGACAAUACAGUACACCGUGUAGCAUACUCAUGUUCCUCACAAUCCUACUGUUUGCCGCUUUCUGCACGACAACUUUAGAAUCUAUUCAAACACUUUCCACCAACGAGAUAAACAGGAUGAGCUGCGAUAUUGGUCUUUACGGUCUUGCUGUCAUGGGACAGAAUUUUGCGCUCAAUAUGGCGUCGCACGGGUUCACCGUUGCCGUUUGCAACCGCUCGCCCUCCAAAGUCGAUACGACGGUCCAACGCGCCAAGGACGAAGGCGAUUUGCCCUUGAUCGGUACCAAAUCUCCCGAAGAAUUUAUUUCCAAACUCAGCAAGCCUCGGAAAGUCGUCAUUCUCGUCCAAGCCGGAAAACCUGUCGAUUUGACCAUCGAAGCGAUCAGCGAAUUCAUGGAAGAAGGGGAUGUCAUUAUUGACGGAGGCAACGAAUGGUUCCCGAAUCAGAUUCGUCGUCACGAAGAAUUGGAAAAGAAGGGUAUCAUGUUCAUCGGCAUGGGAAUUUCUGGUGGCGAAGAAGGAGCCCGCAACGGACCUUCUCUCAUGCCUGGCGGUCCCCGAAAGGCGUACGACUUGAUUGAACCCAUCAUCAUGAAGUGUGCCGCCAAGGCUGGGGAUCCGGAAGAACCCUGCACGGGUUAUUGCGGACCAAUCGGAGCGGGCAAUUACGUCAAAAUGGUGCACAACGGUAUCGAAUACGGCGACAUGCAGUUGAUUGGAGAGGUCUACGAUAUUCUAAAGAAUAUUGUCGGUAUGGGCAACGAUGAAAUGGCCACACUCUUUGAAGACUGGAACUCUGGUGAUCUCGAGUCGUACCUCAUUGAAAUCACGGCCAAGAUUUUGGCUCGCAAGGACGAUUUGACCGACGACGGAUACGUGGUGGACAAGAUUCUUGACAAGACAGGAAUGAAAGGUACUGGCCGUUGGACGGUACAAGAAGCUGCCGAACAGAGUGUUGCAGCCCCUCUCAUUGCAGCUUCCCUCGAUAGUCGCUACAUUUCCGGCCGCAAGGAAGAACGUGUCGCUGCCAGCAAAGUCCUCCAGGGACCAUCCAACGAAAUGCCGCAAGUCGACAAGGAUCAAAUCUUGUCGGAUCUGCAGCAAGCGUUGUACUGCGCCAAGGUAACUUCGUAUGCGCAGGGAAUGGGAAUCAUCCAGGCCGCGUCCGACAAGAACGAGUGGGACGUCGACCUCUCCCUCUGUGCCAAAAUGUGGCGUGGAGGCUGCAUCAUUCGCGCGAGCUUGUUGAGCAAGAUCACGGCCGCCUUUGAAAAGAACAAGGACUUGCAGAAUUUGUUGGUGGACGAAACGUUUGCUGAAGAAAUCAACGCAAGGCAGAUGGCUUGGCGCCGCGUGGUUUCUUUGGGCGUCGCUAGCGGUAUCGCUACCCCGGCCUUGUCCGCUGCUCUUUCCUACUUUGACCAGUACCGUCGUGAUCGCUUGCCGGCCAACCUGAUUCAAGCGCAGCGCGAUUUCUUUGGCGGACACACUUACAAUCGUGUCGAUCGUGAUGGCACUUUUCAUUGCUUGUGGGACGAAACGCACAAGGAUAUUGGUGAUUUGACGGGCCGCACCGCGGGUGAGCUCUAGACGCCACGGAUCCCGAGUCGCGUUAACGUAUAUCAAAUCUAAGUAUUGGUAAAUCACAAACUUCGUCAGCAAUAGCGAGUCAUUUUAAUAUC